AUGGCGAAGCUCGGUUCAUCUAAGGUCGAUCUCUCAUCAAUUACCUCGGAAAAGCUUUGGGAGAAGAGUGGGAGGCUAAGUUCAGUGGGCUCUGAACUCUUUCGAUUCAAAGACCGAAAGGACACUGGUUAUCUGCUCUCACCCACACACGAAGAGGAAGUUACCACGUUAGUAUCGAGCUCUCUCAAAUCUUACAAAGAUCUGCCAGUCCGCGUCCAUCAGAUAUCUCGAAAAUACCGCGAUGAGCUGCGCCCUAGACAUGGUUUAUUAAGGUCCCGGGAAUUUAUAAUGAAGGAUCUGUACACCUUCGAUCAAAGCAUACCUCUGGCCCUCUCGACGUAUUAUGAGGUCACUGCAAUAUAUGCCAAAUUGUUCGAUGAGCUCAAAAUACCUUAUCUGGUUGCUGAAGCAGAUUCUGGCGACAUGGGCGGCAAUCUCAGUCAUGAGUUCCAUUUUCCCACAACAAAGGGCGAAGAUCACAUUAUUAGCUGUAAAAGCUGCGGCUAUGUGUCCAAUGAAGAGAAAGCGAUCAUCAAGUUUCCUACGGAGGAAGCCGGUAGUUGCGAUGAAAUGUCAAUAAGGAAGUGGCAUGGUAUAUCACAGGAUCGUUCGACAUUACUCACUGCCUGGUAUCCUUCUUCCAAUGACACCUCUGAGCUAAACCCCGUCUCCGAAGUCAAUAUUCGUGCCGUUAAGGCUGUUUACCCCGACCUAGACAGUUCGGUGGACAGCCCAAAUGCCCAGGCUAUGUUUUGGGCUCACCAGGCUCCACAGUCUGGAUCGGAGCUAGCAACAGAGGCAAAAUCUGACCAAACUCAGAGACUCAUUCAUUUGGUGGAUGGCAGAAUAUCUUCCGAGAUGUCGGAAAAGCUUCCACUUUUGGGGCCCAGCAACUCCUCGGGUAGAGAGAGGCUCUUCGACGCUCGACUCUCGACAGAAGCAAUAAUUGAAACUUGGAAUCAUGACCCAAAAACGGAAGAGCCUCUCAGUCUCUUGAAAACUCGGACCGGCGAUACAUGUCCGCAAUGCAAUAAAGACAAAGUCGUUGUCCAAGAAGCAAUCGAGCUCGGACAUACAUUCCAUCUAGGAUCUAGGUACAGCAAGCCUCUUGAAGCAAACAUAUUGCUUCCCGUCGAGGUCACUCGGGACCACGAGGAAGAUUACGAGUUUACAGAAGAAGGCCAAAAAUCAUCAAGUCGAAAAGCGAUGAUCCAAAUGGGAUGCCAUGGUAUCGGGGUCUCACGAAUGAUAGGAGCCGUCGCAGAUACCCUAGCCGACGAAAAGGGACUCAAUUGGCCUCGCGUCAUGGCACCUUUCGAUGCUGUUAUCAUCCCACUUGGUAACGGACAGCUUGAUGAGGCUCCAGAAGUAAUUUACGAUGCGCUACUUCAAUCGCAAACUACUGGUCAGGCGCCGCUCGAUCUUGUUAUCGAUGACAGAAAACGAGGGUUCGCUUGGAGGAUGAACGACGCUGAUUUAGUGGGAUACCCUGUGAUUAUUGUAGUCGGGAAAAAAUGGGCGAGUGAGAAGAUCUGUGAGGUACAAUGCCGGAGAUUGAAAGUUCGUCAGGAUGUGCCAUUCGAGGAGUUGCCGACCUUUGUCAACUCUUUACUGGAUCAGCUGUAG